AAAAAACUAAAGACAGUUGCAGGAAAUCCUUAGGAAGUACAAAUAAAAACUGAUAAGAAUUUUCUUUGUUAAUUAAAUAUUGGCCUAUUCACUACACUAAAAAAGAUGAAAUAUUUCAUUGUUCUUCUACUUUUCGUGUUUUUGUUUUGUACUCAAUCAAAUGAAUUCGAUAACUUGGUAAAGAGCAACAAUAAAGUCGCAUCUUUGUUUUAUAAAGAACUGAGAAAUAAUGAUGGUAAUAUUUUCUUUUCACCUUUAAGUCUAACUAUUAACAUCGCCAUGUUAUACCGUGGCGCAGGAUCAGCUAUGGAAGGAAAUAUUCUUCACUUUGAUGAAGAAAUUCAUGAAUCUUUCAGAAAUCUCAUGAAUGGCAGAUUCAAAAACAGUUCUAUAGAAAUUGCAAAUGGUAUCCUCUUCGAUAGGAAAUUAUGGAUUAAUCAGUCAUAUAUAAAAGAUAUCAUAAAUUACUACAAUCCUAUGCUGGCUUCAGUUAAUUUUAAUGCAGAUCCAGUUAAAAUUCAACAAUACAUUAAUGAUUGGGUGAAUAAAAAAACACACCAUCAUAUAAAAACAAUUGAAUUAUCUACCGAUGAUCAAACUACUUUAGUGUUUUUAAAUGCUGUUUAUUUCAAAGGUAUUUGGUUGACCCAGUUCAAUAAAAAAAACACACACGACGACUUUUUCCAAAAUAAGAAUAAUGUAACUAGCAUAAAAAUGAUGAAGACAAAAGGUAUUUUUCGUUAUGCUUUCAAUAAUGAAUUCGAUUUAGAUGUAUUAGAACUCCCAUACAGUAAUGAUGAUGUAAGUAUGUUUAUAUUGAUGCCUAGAAAUAUAAAUGGCAUGGAAAAGGUUGAGAAUAACCUUUCUAGUGAAUUGUUCGAUCAAAUUUUUUGUCAUCUUACAACUAAAUCUAUGACUAUUUUUAUGCCCAAAUUCUCUCUAGAAACAUCGUAUGAUAUGUCAAGAUACUUAGAAGAUUUAAAUUUGGAAGGGUUCGUUUAUGGCAUAUCAAACAUCUGUAAUUGUGAUAAAUUGAUGCUGGAUGGAAUGUUUCAAAAAACGAAACUAAUUGUUGACGAAAAAGGCACAGAAGCCAUUGCCGUGACUUAUAGCAAAGUGUCUCUUAGUGGUUUUCAAUCAGAAAUACAACUGAAGAUUGAUCGACCAUUUUUAUUUGUCAUAAGAGAUAGUGUAACGGGAUUAAUUUUGUUUCUCGGAAAAAUUGAAAAUUUGUAAUUGCAUUUAAAGCGAGUUUUGUGUAAUUAUUAUAUUGUAAAAUCUGUUGCUAUAGAAAAACAUUAAGCAAUUCAGAUAUUGCAAUCUGUAUCUAUGCAAGCAUUAAUAUAUAAAAUGUAAAACCAUUUUUAUAUAGAGAA